AUGGACCAGCAGACGCAGGCGCAGGAUGCGGACGGCAAAUCGUUGCUAGAACAACUCAUGGCGCGCCUUUCCAUGUAUGGAAACAAUGCCUCGAACAACAUGUCGAACGCUUUCGCCAGCAUGUCAUUGCAGUCGUGGAUCCGGCUAACGGUCAUUGUGGGUGGCUAUCUCCUGCUGCGUCCCUACUUCAUGAAAUGGGCUGGCAAGCAUGCCGUAAACACCAUGGAGGAAGAGGAUGCCAAAUCUAGAGGCAAGUCCAGCACCGACGCAGACAUCACACCCAACGAGUUCCGCGGUAUCAAGGAAAAGCUUCAGGCGGCCGAGCUUGGCGAUGAGGGAGACGGCACGGGCGCCGAUUGGGGCCGCAAGGCGAGGUUGAGGCAACGACAGCUUCUCAAGGACAUGCUUGAAGAGGAGGAGAGGCGACGGGCAGCCGAGAACGAAGACGCAGACAUACAGGAGUUUUUGGAGGACUAG